AUGGACUAUAAGAAGUUUUUAAUAAGAGCAAGUAAAAGCGAAAGGGGCUCUUUAAGCCCUGACCAAUGUGAUGUUAAAGAUUUAGAUGAAGAUAUCGUGAAUUGUUUAGCGAAAAUUAAAGAAACGAAGGAAAAUAUGAAGAAGCUUGUAAAAAGCAUUGACAAUUUCUCCAAGGUGAAAAGCCCACAUUUCACAAAAACUGAAAAAUAUUUAACAGGAAAACAGAUGAUCUAUAAGAAAAAAUACGAAUUAAAUGAUUUUCAUAGAAUCCAAAGAGAAAAAUACAUUCUUGGCCUUAUAAAAGACAACGACCCUGGCAAGAAAAAAUAUAUUUAUACAUCAAUGCUAUAUGAUUUAGAUAUAAGAAAUGCUUUAAAACAAAACAAGCGAGAUUUCGGCUAUACUCAAAGAGAAAAUCCUGUCAUUUAUAAAACUAGCUCAAUAGAAAAUUUUCACACAAUACCUAAGAAUAGCCCGGAACGUUUUAAACAUGAUUUAAAUGAUUUGGUGUCCAAAAAUCUAAAUAAAAUUCUUUAUAAUUACACUUAUUAUAAUUCCCCAAAGCAACAGAAGAAAAUUGAAAUGAAAAAAGUUGAAGAAGGUCUACAAAAUAAUAGGCUUGGGCCUAUAAUGCACUUAAAAGCUGCCAGCAUGUGCACAAGUCCAGUGGGAGAAAAAAUAAUUAUAAGGAAAAAGAAAAAAAUAAGAAGAUUUACAGUGAACAUCAGAGAUGAGGUAAUAAAAAACAACGAUGAGCUGUCAAACUUGAAAAGGGUGAGACGUACAGUCGGGCUAGGAGGGUUUUAUUUGGAAUACCCCUCCAUAUUGUGUGCCAUUUUAAGUGAUAGGAUGGCCCGUGGUAUCGCUAUUUUUCAGUCCAAGUCGCUCUUUUUUUGGAAGUUACAGCAGACACCUCAAAUGCCUAACUCCCCUAUGCGACCGAAUGACCGAAUAAUCUAAUCCUAAUCCUAAUCCUUAAAAAAAUGCAUUAAAUUGGCGACACAUGUAAACCUGCUCUCUUGCUGCAGCAGUCCAGACCUCCUGCACUGGAGUUCUUUGGUGGCUGCGUCACCAACAUGGCUAAUGCCUGAUUUUUAAUAAUCUUAAUCCCUCUGUGACCGAAUUACCAUUGGGAAAAUCCAACAAAUAAUAUAAAAUUUUUUGAAUUUUAAACUUCUUCCAUUUUAAAACAUAAAUUUAACAAAAUAAAUUAAUAUUUGUUUUUCAAAUUAUUUCGAAUUUGCAUAUUUAAAUUUAAAAACAAAAUUCAAUUAUAAAAUUAUAUACAAUUAUUUUAAAAAAAACUACCCCCUAUUGCUCUAAGAGGUAGGAGUUAGCUAAUUAGUAAAUUGUCAAACUUGAAAAAGCAAUAUUCCAAACUUUUGAUUAUGAAAAAUUAG